AUGUUUGUGGUUUAUCUGUUCUUAGUAUUCUUCUUGAUUAUAUUUUCAAUAUUCCUUGUUCGAUUAUUUCUACAUCGAACUGCUUUAAUAUUUGUUCUGAGGAAGUGGGGCGAAUGGAUUGAGGACAGGGUUCAUGUUCAUCAGCACUUGAAGAUCCCUGAAUUCAAUGAAAACUGUCAGCAAAAUCAGUUCUAUCAAAAAGUUUCUGUUUAUGUAAAUUCAUUGGAUUCCAUUGAAGAUUCCGAUUUCACCAAUCUCUUCUCCGGCAAGAAAUCAAGCGACAUCAUUUUGUGUCUCGAUGAUGAUCAAACAAUCAAGGAUACUUUCCUCGGGGCACGAGUUUCAUGGAUCAACAAGAUUGAAAGAAAUCAUCGGAGCUUUGUAUUGAAGAUGAAGAAAAAGGAUAAGAGGAGAAUCCUCAAGCCUUAUCUUCAACAUAUACAUACAGUUUCUGAUGAUAUUGAACAAAGACGAAAGGAUUUGAAGCUACGCAUAAAUAUUGAUUGUAAUUGGAGAUCUCUUCCAUUCGGCCAUCCUGCGAACAUUGACUCGAUUGCUCUUGAUCCAGAUUUGAAAAACAAGGUGAAAUCUGAUCUAGAAACUUUCAUCAAAUCCAAGCAGUAUUAUCAAAAACUCGGCCGUGCCUGGAAGCGGAGUUAUCUUCUUUACGGCCCUUCCGGCACAGGAAAAUCCAGUUUUAUUGCAGCAAUGGCGAAUUUACUUUCGUACGAUGUUUACAACGUUAAUUUAUCACAAGUUUCGGAUGAUUAUCAUCUUAACAUGCUUCUGCAGCAAACUACUUCCAAAUCGUUGAUUAUUGUCGAAGAUUUGGAUCGUUAUGUUGCUGAAAAAUCAACGGCUGUUACUUCAUCUGGGCUGUUGAAUUUCAUGGAUGGAAUUUUGGGUUCAAGCCUUUGCAAUGGGAGAAUUAUGGUUUUCACUAUGAACAGUAAAGAGGGAAUUGAUUCAGCUCUUUUAAGGCCUGGAAGAAUUGAUGUUCAUAUUUAUUUUCCUUUGUGUGAUUUCAAUUCAUUCAAGAGUUUAGCCAGCAGUUAUUUAGGAGUUAAGGAGCAUAAAUUGUUUCCACAAGUGGAAGAGAUUUUUCAGAGCGGCGCCACCAUGAGUCCAGCGGAGAUUGGGGAACUGAUGCUGGUAAACCGGAGUUCGCCGAGUCGAGCAUUGAAAUCAAUAAUCACAGCAUUGCAAUCAAAUGGAAGAAGCAGCGGUGGUGGAAAGUUUGGACAUCAGUUGAUCAGCGAGAGCGCAGUUUCAUCACCGGACCGAUCAUCUACGGCGGAGGAUGCUGGUGGUGUGGCUUGGAAGGAAACGGUGGUGCCAAAGGAGUUUCGAAAAUUGUAUGGCAUGUUGAGAUUAAAGACUCACAAGAAACCUGGAUCGAUAAAUCACAAUCAUGAGAUGAUUGAACGGUGA